AUGCUCCGCAACAGCUGCGUCCUCGUAUUGCUCAUCCUUGUCUUCGUUGACGUUUUUGCCACACAAUCGCCAACGUUCGACCGUCAGGAUCGCGACUACCGUCCACUUCAGUUCGGCAAACGAGAUGGUUACCGUCCGUUGCAGUUCGGCAAACGUGACUACCGCCCGUUGCAGUUCGGAAAGCGAAGUGGUGGUGGGUCCGUGGUGCUCGAGCCGAUUUGGGAAUGGCAAUAA